CUGAAGAGUCUCCACAUGACAGGGGGGGAAGGAGGAAGUGGGGCGGCCCGCGGGGCUCUGCCGCCGCUGCUCCGGUAGUCACGGUGCUCGGCCGGCGGCUGCUGGCAGAGAGAGUCCUUUCUGCGACGCGUGGGCUGACUGCCCUCGAGGGCGGACUUGCGCCCCGGUGCCGCUGCUGAAGGGAGGCAGGCAGGGAGCGGGAGAGCCCCCCGCCGGGCCGCGGCGCCUCGCCGGAGAAGUUUGGUGCGGGGCGGGAUCCCGCCGGCCGCGGCGGUGGCGCCGGGUAUGAACGGCUUCGCCCCCGAGGAGGUGACCCAGCGCGGGGCAGAGCCCGCCGCCGCGGCGGUGGUGGGCAGUGCGGGCUCCGCGGUGGAGGUGCCGCCGCCGCCAGCGCCGCCGGGGCUGGGUCCGGCCGCCGCCGCCGCAGGCUCGGCGGGCGGCGGGUGCGCGGGCGGCCCCGGGGCCGGGCAGCUGUGCUGCCUGCGGGAGGAGGGGGAGCGAUGCGGCCGCGCCGCCGGCAACGCCAGCUUCAGCAAGCGUAUCCAGAAGAGCAUUUCACAGAAGAAGGUGAAGAUCGAGCUGGACAAGAGCGCAAGACAUCUGUACAUUUGUGACUUCCACAAAAAUUUAAUUCAGAGUGUGAGAAAUAGAAGAAAGAGGAAAGGCAGCGAUGAUGAUGGUGACUCACCAGUGCAAGAUAUCGACGCUCCAGAGGUUGAUUUAUAUCAGUUACAAGUAAACACACUUCGAAGGUACAAAAGACACUUCAAGCUACAGACCAGACCCGGACUUAACAAAGCACAGCUUGUUGAAAUAAUUGGCUGCCACUUUAGGACAAUUCCAGUGAAUGAAAAGGACACCUUAACAUACUUCAUCUACUCAGUGAAGAAUGACAAGAAUAAACCAGAUCUAAAGAUGGAUAGUGGGAUUCAUUAGGCAGAAAAGAUUGGGACUGAGACUCAGGCUGCAAAUGAAAAGACUGAGGUUUUGUUGAUAUGCAAAAGCUUUCUUUGUAACUUUUUCUCCUGAGAGAGUUUGUCUGUUUUAUUUUUCAUAACCUUGCUGAUUUGUUUGAAAACCAUCUCUUAUGAAACAAAUUUCCUCAGCAAAAGUAUUUUAAAUAAAUAUCACUGAUAUUGUUGCUCAAAUGGGUGUGUCUGUAAUUUUAGUGAGUUGGACUCAAUCCUGACAGCAUAUUCUGUGAUUCUGUGAUAAUUAUACCUAAUAGUUAAGCUUUGAUGAACUAUAUAAUAAUAUUAAAAUAUUUUUCAAUUAAAACGUGCCAAGGAUAUAUUUAUAAAUGUACCUCAAGUGCUCAUGAUGCAAUGCCUUUAAAAAAAAAGCUGUAGCUGACUUGGCAAUAGGUUCUUUUUCCUAAGGUAAAAGGCUUUAAGUGCCCAGUUCUGUUCUUAGCUGGGCAGAAAUAGCUGAGUAACAUUUUUUUUUUUCCCUUUGGAAACAAGAAUUGGAGGGUUUUAUGAUUUAUUUAUUCAUUUUGUCAUUGCUGAGAUACAUGCUUCCAAUCACUGAGGCCUUCCUGCUCCUAUAUUAAAAUGGAAAAAAAAUGCAGCUCUCAAAUUUCAAAGCUGUAAGUACAGAUGAAGAGACUGCUGCAGCUUACUGUGCUGACUUCAACUCAGUAAGAAAUCCUUUACCUGCUGACUUCUCCAUUCGUCUGCAUGGACUGCUGCUAGGGACUUAAAUUGGAGAAUGAGUCAAGCCUGUGUGGGGUCAAUGCAGCCUCUUCUGACAGGCACACUGUUUAUUUUUCAUUGCAUGGAUUAGCUCAGGCCCGUUUAAAAGGAAGAACCCCCUCUCAAUGAACCCAAACUUAGGGUAACUUAAGGAGAAUAAUAUCCAGCAAUACUUAGGCUUUUACUUGAUUGUCUUAGAAAACUCUGAUGUUGAAGAUGAUACUAUGAAUGACUUCUUGUAUUGUCAACUAUUGUGCCAGUCUAAAUGUGUGGUGUGUUGGAAUAUGAUUUCUUUCUGCUUAAAGCUGUGCACAUAGGAUGAAUAAAAAGCUGAGGGAAAAUAGUUUUCAUCUUAAAGCUGAGGAGGACAUGGCUUCAGAUUGUUCCGUUAGCAUUCAUUGCAAUUCCCAACCUUAUCACAUGUCUAUAAGCUUUUUCUUAAUUUGGGAAAAAUGAGGAAGCAGUAUGUCUGUGAUGUAAUCUGCUUGAUGUUAAUCUUUUUCGGUUUUUUUUUUAAUUCCUACUCUGUUGGCAUCACUACUACUAAGAUGCUUCACUUUGCUUCUUUUGACCUGUGAUGCUUGCAUAGAACUGAAUGAUGAUAAGCCCUAACCUCAAAGGGGCUGCUUUCCCAGUAUCUCUCAGUGGUAUGAUUUCUUUCACUUGUACUGCUUUAUGUAUUUCCACAAUACAGUUCUUCAGUGCUGGCCUAAGUUCAAGACAGUGAUAUCUAGCUAGUGACUGCUAAAAUUGGUGUUCCUUUGAAGAUACGUUUUCAUGGCCAUUUCACUACAGGGACUGUCAGUUUGUUUACUAAAUGUCCUUUGCACACAUUCAAUAUUCUUACCUUCAAAGUGCAAAUUGCAUAAAAAGCCAGGGAACCUAGUCAUGGAUAGGACAUACAAAGGAUAAAGAGUUCUUUUCUGAGUGCAUGACAGGGUUGAAUGUUCUCACCUAGGCCUGGCAGGACCUGUAGACGAAGUUGUGUGAGGGAAGGAGAGUGGGGAAACAAACAAAAGCAAGUUUCUAUGGAAAGUAGUAACUUUAAAGUAGUAACUUAAGUGGCUGUAUCUUGUUGCAUGUGGCAAGUGGCAAAGUUUUGCUCCAGUGGAUUGUGGAUUUUCCAGAAGUCUUGGAAGAAAUUUAACUGAAAGCCACCAACUUUAAUACCCAACAUUGUAUCUGCCUUAACUUUUUUUUUUGCUACAGCUGUUUUGCAAAGCUGUGAAUGCCAGGCAUAUGCAACAUGAUUCUUGUAGAAAUUAGAUGGCACAAGCAACAGAAGUUUACAUACCCUAGAAGCUUAUAGAGGACUUUACACAAGAGCACAUACAAUGGGUUUUUUUCCUGCAGAGCACUGACUGGAUAUUUUCACUGGGUUGCCAGAUUUAUGGGUUUUAUUUUACUAUCAGCUGAUUAUUUGGUAGGAAGCCCAAAUUACUCUAAUCUGCUUGAAUAAUUAUACAAACGAGGCUUAAAAAGCCUGGUGACACAAACUGUUUAACAGUCAGUAGGGCAAAAAUAGCACACACACAGAUUUGCUUGAAACAUUUAUUAUUGGCUGUGUAUAAUCACC